CUGAUCUGAGCUGAAUGAUGAACGAGCGAUUUGCAAAUGUUUUUUUGUUUGUUGUGUCUGAGAAUAUUCUGUGAAAGAAAGGAACCUUGGUACUUUGAAGUAGACAUCGCUAUUAAUUUUGUCUCGAAGUUCCUGCUUAUUUCUUGGAGAGGAAUGGAGUCUGUCUCUGUGGGCGACUCAGCUGUUGACCUCUCGGCUGACCAGGGUAGCUUGGAUAAACAGCAGAACGUCGCCGAGGAUCAACCGGAGGCUAUGGAGGCCGAGGAGACGGCAAACAGUCCGUCCCAAGUGCCUGAAGGGGAACCAGUGAAUGGAGUGGCGACUGAGAACACUGGCAAUGGCAACACUGGAGAUGGUGAGGUCAAGUCCAACUCUGUUGACCAGAGUCCUUCUCGUGUCUCGUUGCCAGCUACCACUGGUGAAGUUACUGCAGCAGAGGAGGUCGGCGAUGGAGCAGAUAAAAAUUCAGAGCCAGCUGCAAAAGCCACUGCCGAGGUGGUCGCUACAGAUGGAACAAAAACAGCUGAAGAACCGACUACUGCCCCUGCCCCAACCCCAGCUGCACCCCCUGCUCGAUCCUCCCGCAAGCGUGGCUGGGACCGUUUAGAUGAUCCAAGUGACCCUGGCAACGGUGGUGGUGGAAAGAGUUUUGCUGAUCUGUCUCCUGCUCAGAAAGAGUACUUGGACCGAGCCAAGAAGUUCUGCGCUGAGCAAACUGCCGCAUUCAAAGCUUCUCAAGCUGCGCGUCAGCAGGCGCUGAUUCCCACGCCGCAGAUGCCCACCACGUUUUCGCCCCAGCUUCAGUUGCAGAAGGCGCUGCAGUCGAUGCAGCAGAACGCACAGCAAACGCUGCAGAACGUUGCACAGCAAUCCCUGCAGAAUGCCGUACAGCAGCAGGUGGCAGCCCAGCAGCAGGCACAGCAGCACGCCCAGCAGCAGAUUCAGCAGCAAGUCGCUCAGCUGCAGGCCCAGCAGCAACAACAGCAGGCGGCCGUGGCCGCUGCGUCUAUUGCUGCAGCUGGCGGUCAGGCAGGAAUGGCCAAGAGAGUGAUUGAGAUGCAGGAACAGUCCCAACGUCAGCGUGCCUUCCAACUGAUGUGCAGAGUCUAUGUUGGAAGCAUCAACUUUGACAUGAAGGAAGAUCAAGUGAAGCAGGCGUUUGUGCCGUUCGGUCCCAUCCGCUCGAUCGACUUGGCUUGGGACAACGUAGCCAUGAAACACAAGGGGUUUGCAUUCGUCGAGUAUGACUGCCCUGAAGCUGCUCAGAUCGCCCUAGAUCAGAUGAACGGUGUCAUGCUGGGUGGGCGCAAUAUCAAGUGUGGCCGUCCGAGCAGCCUUCCCGCUGCCGCGCCGGUCAUAGCGCAGAUGCAGACGGAAGCAGAGAGCUACAACCGCAUCUACGUAGCCUCUAUUCAUCCAGAUCUCAAUGAGACUGAUGUCAAAAGUGUGUUUGAGGCGUUUGGCAAGAUCAAGGAGAUUCAGCUGGCCACGGAAGGCGUGGGUGGCAAGCACAAGGGGUACGCGUUCAUCGAGUAUGACACGAAGCAAGCAUCCACCGAUGCAAUUGCCUCUAUGAACCUCUUCGAUCUCGGAGGACAGUUUCUACGCGUGGGAAAGUGUCUGACUCCACCGAUUCCACCGGGACAGAAUCCACAGACCUCCGGCGGCGGUCUCGUCCCGCCGGUGUCCGUAGCUGCGGCCGCUGCUGCCGCUUCGUCUGUGCCUGGUGCAGCACAAGCUCAGCUUGCUGUGUCCGCUAUCCAAUCCAGACUGGCAGGUUUGGAUAAUACGACCACGAGCACUCCUACCAGUGGCAUCGGAGGUCUUGGUGGCCUUGCCGGCCUGGGCGGUAUGGCAGCCGGUAUUGGUGGUCUGGGUGGACUUGCUCCUGGCCUGGGUGGUGUAGCUGGUCUCGGCGGAGUUGGUGGCCUCGCUGGCCUGGCCGGUCUCGGUCAACUGGGCCAGCUGGCGAACGCCGCCAACCUGCUGCGGGCCGCCAAUCUGCCCGGUCUCGCCAGCGGUUUGAACUUGGGCAAUGCGCAGGCGCAGACACAGCUCGCAAACGCACAAGCAGCAGCUGCCGCCAUCACGGGACAGAGUGCCGCAUCUGCCCCUUCUGCGGCGCCUCUGAUUGCAACAGCUCCACCGACCGCAGCGGAGAUUGCUGCAAAGCAAGGCAAGCCCGAAGCGGCUCUCUCCACCGAGGAGAACAUCGCCAUUUCCGGCACCAACGCUCGCUUCAUGUUGAUGCAGAAGCUUCAGCGUUCCAAUGAGUCGACAGUUGUUGUACUGCGUGAUAUGGUGGCUGUGGAAGACCUGGAUGAGGAGCUGGAAUCGGAAGUCACUGAAGAAUGCAGCCGGCAUGGCAAGGUGCAGCGCGUUGUCAUUUACCAGGAGCGGCAAGGCGAGGAGGAUGACGCUGAAGUCAUUGUCAAGAUCUUUGUGCGCUUCUUCGAACAUGACUCUGCCGUUGCUGCCAUCAAGGCCUUGGACAACCGAUGGUUUGGUGGGCGCGUCAUCAAAGCCGAGACGUAUGCCGAGGAGAAGUUUGAGUCGAAUGAUCUCUCUGGCUGAUUUCAAUCUCUGCGUGUGUUGUCGCGAGGUCUACUAUUGAAGUACGGCUCUUUGGGCAAUCGACAACCAACGUUACCUGUUGCGUCAUGUCCGUCACCUUGUUUGCUAUCACACGGGAUCCAGUGUCCAGCGUUCUUCUAUACAAGAAUGCCCCGUUUCUCUCUCUCUCUCUCUCUCUCUCUCCCGGGCAGCCUUUGAGACUGCAGCACUGGACAUGGCCCGAAAGUGCAGCAUUUCGCCUCUACCAGUCGGAGAGAGUUUUGUGUGCUUUUUCCUUGGCUUUGCUUGCUCUAUUCCUACGUAGCUGCGUUCAUGUCUACAACGACUGGGCGGGUGAUCGUCGUGUACGUUCUGUAAUCGGUUUUCAUUUUGACCAAUGUACUCAGUGCGUGUGUACAAGGGUUCCUUCUCAGUCUGUUGUUUUCCUUCGUUAGACUGAUGCUAAAUGAGACUUGCGCUCAAAGUACAGCUGUUGUUGUAAUCCAGUUGUGUGUGUGCACGCUUAGAAGUUGUGGCUGUGAGUAGUUGUGCUUUGUUGCAUGCGGCUGCGGGCUUGUAGAUUUGCCGAGAUCUUUGCUGUGCUGCCCACGGCACGUUUGUAGCGGGCGCAUAUGUAUAUGCGCGUGUGUGUGCACGCGCAUGCUUUUGUGUAUGUGUGUAUAUUAUGUUUGUGUACGUGUGUGGUGUUAGCGCUCGAGUGAUGCGCUGGGCAACAUGAUAUUGCGUCCUCUCCACUAGAAACCGUUCUUUUGUAACCUUCAACGUGCCAAGAUGAAUUUCCGGUGGCGUGUGGUAUCGCACCAUCCAGCCAGGCAUCCGCCUACUCAUUUGCCCUUCUCUUUGACUUUCUCCCUCUGCGCAUUGUUGUCCUGUCAAGAAGCUUGUGUGUUCCACAUAACAUACGACCCACAUUCAACCCUGGUGCUUAUUAUUGACUGGAAAGCAUGCCAUCAUUGCCAUUGGUUGGCGAUCCAUUCCCAUGCUGUCUCCUUUUUCUGCUCAAGUCUUCCGGUGCUGGCCUUUUCCACGAUUUGCAUCUUUCUUGAACAAUCGCCAGCUGUGGGUACCCGUACAUGUACACUGUACACUCACACUCGUCACGCUCUAUUACCAUGAUUGCUAUCCUGGAAAACUUGCAGAAAUUCCCCGGCAUACGGUGGUCAGUG